AUAUUUUAUAUAAUUUUGUGAAAAAAUGAGGGCCUGCGACGUGCGACCCAAACAGACCUUAACAAAUCUGAUAAUUUGCACUAGGGCAAAAAAAGCGAGUCCCUUUUCCCAAGUUUCCCCACACUCUGUUUUUCCUUCUGCUCCACCAGAAAGUUAUCACACUAUCGAGCGUUAUAAAACCCUAAACCCUAAAUUCUUCAAUCAUUUUCUUAAAAUUUAUUUAAAACUACAAUUUCUGUAAUUUGUCAUGGCCAGCAGAAUGCUCGCCAGAAAUUUAUAUCAAUCUAAACACCUCUUUCUUCGCCAUCAGCAAUUGUUAGCAUCUCAACAGGUCACGGGUAGAUGGCCGAUGCCGCAAUUAGUUUCGCCCAACAGUCAAUUGUUUAGACGUGAAUUCAGUGUGUUCAAUGAGUUCUCCAAGAAGAUGAAAGGUGAAGUCGACAGUAACGAGGAACUUAAACAAUCCAUUAAGCAAAUCAAGGAGAAAGCGGAGGAAUUGAAAGGAGUAAAAGAGGAUCUUAAGAUUAGAACGAAGCAGACAACUGAGAAGCUGUACAAGCAUGUAGAUGGUGUGUGGACAGAGGCUGAGGCCCAGGCGAAGAAGGUUUAUGCUGGUGUGGAAGAAAAAAUUUCGGCUGCUAAAGAGGAGGUCAAAGAAAGUUUUGGUAUUAAUCAAGAGUCUACUGGAAGGAAUGGUACAUCAGAUAGUCAUGGCACAAAUGACAAAAAUGAAAGCAAGUCUGCAUUUGAUGAAGAAAAGAAGCAUGGGAAACAGCAAUCUGAAUCUAGUGAUCAUGCCCAAACACCAUUUGACAAGCUCAAGUUUGGUGUUUCUUACAUCUCUCCGAAGGUCUCGUUAGCAUUCCAGAAAUUGAAGGAAGCAAAACCCAUUGACUUGGUGAAGAAGGGCUAUGACAUUGUGAAAGAUGAAUUAAAAGGUAAUCCAAACAGGAAAAAACACCUUGAGUAUGAUAAUUCUUCGGCUGCUCCCUCGCCAAACAUUGAAAGAAGUACGCGCACUGAUAUCGUUAUUUUACCUACAAAGCAGUCCCGAUGGAGUAAGAAAUGGGAGGCUUUGAAGAGUAAGAUGCAAGGAAAUCCUAUAUUCAAACGUGUUAGUGGGUUUAGUGAGCCUGUCAUUGAGAAGAGCCAAGAGAUUGCAGAAGAUAUGCGGGAGAGAUGGGAGACCAGUGAUCAUCCAGUUGUUCACAAAAUUCAAGAUAUCAGUGAAACUGUCCUUGGAGAAUCAGAUGCUGCCAUGUCAUUUAAAGAAAUUCGUCGCAGAGAUCCGACCUUCUCUUUACCAGAAUUUCUAUCUGAGGUUCAAGAGGUGGUUAAACCAGUUCUCAAUGCUUAUUUCAAAGGAGAUACUGCAGUUCUAGAGAAGUACUGUAGCCCUAAUGUAAUUGAGCGAUGUAAAGCAGAGCGCAAAGCUUAUGAAACCCAAGGGAUCUUCUUUGAUAACAAGAUUUUACAUAUAUCAGAAGCCGAAGUCAAAGAGACCAAAAUGAUGGGAGAAACUCCCAUAAUCAUUGUUAAUUUCCAGACACAGCAAAUAUACUGCAUACGCGAUAAACUGGGCUCAAUAACAGAAGGUGGCCAGGAUACUAUCCAUACAGUGUAUUAUGCAUGGGCAAUGCAACAGUUAGAUCCAGAAGAACUCGGAGAGGGUGCGCCUACUCACUCUAUAUGGAAGCUUAGAGAAAUGCAGCAACUCGGUGUUCGGGCCUUGAUUUGAUUUUGUUUUUUGUUUUUUUACCCAAUAUGUUCAAUCUAUGAUAAAAUGUUUUACCAGAUGAGGAUUUUGUUCUGUCUAAUAUCUGGCAACUGAGGAAAUUUCGAGCGCAAUUUGUGUCAAACAAAUUGGUACAAUUUUGCAUUGUGGCCUGGAAUGCAGGGUAAUUAACAAUUAUUAAUAAACAUGUAUGGAUCUCAGAAUAUCUAUUGGAAUGAUUCCAAGGUAAUGUUUCAAUGAGAUUUCCGUUUUUUUUUUAUU